AUGAGUUCAUGCUCCAAAGCGAAUGGUGAUGAUUUACCACCUGAUGUCUUAUACGAGAUCUUCAUUCGUCUUCCACUAAAACAGCUAUAUGAAUUCAGGUGCGUUUCGAAGCUUUGGAACUCUCUUUUAUCCAACCCAUCUUUCGUGCGCAAGCACAAAGUAUUCAAACCGUGGACCAUCGUUUACGACCGCGAUGAGUUUUCUUCAAGAUACCCUCAACAAGUCUUUCAAACCUACUCUCCCAACCUUCACAACAACUUCAUAAACGAUCAUGACGGGUUUUCCUUUCAAUUCCUAUUAAAAUUAGAUGGUUCACACGCACUCAUUAGCAAGUGCGAAAAACAAAGGGAAAGUGAUAACAUGGUGGCUCCCAAAGUACAACUUUUAGCUUCAUGUGUCAAUGGUCUAGUUCUUUACAUGUUGUGCCCCAGUAUAGAACUCUUUAUAAAUGGUAACUUGACGUUGAAUGUGUGUAAUCCUCUCACCAAACAAUGUGUCUCACUUCCUCCUCGCCCAAGUUCUCUAUACUGGGAUUUUGUUAGUUUAGUAUCUGAAUCCUCAGUUACUAGUAACUAUAAGGUGGUUUGUUCAUAUACAGCUAGCCGUAACAACAUUACCACCUUGGAGAUAUUUUCUUCCGAUACGGGUGAGUGGAGAUCGUACCUUACGUAUGAAGUUGACAAGUACAAACCGAUUCGUUCAGGUUUUCAUUCAAAUAUGGUUAUCUGCAGUGGAGUCUUGUAUUGGACUGAUAACCUGUACAGAACAAAUAUAAGUGAUGAGUCUGAUGAUGCUGAUUAUGAGCUGGGCGUCACAGCUUGCAAUCUCGAGAACAAAGAAAUUCCAAAGGAUACUAUAUGGUUAAUUCACUUGCCUGAGGAUAUUAAACGUCCCGCUGGUGGUUUUUUUGGGGUGUCAGAAGGGUCCAUCUACUAUGGAAAUGUUAUUCACACGACAAGUAAUUUGCGGGGUUUUCUCAGUGUCUGGCUGCUUGAGGACUACUCUAAUGGAGGAUGGGGUUGGCAAUCGGUUCACAAGAAUGUUGAAAUGAAGAUUCAUCACAUAAACCCAUAUUUCGAUGAUUUUCUAUUUAAAUUUUUCUGCUAUCUCCAUCCGGAGGAUCGAAAUGUUAUUAUCGUUGUUGAAACACGUUUCUGUUUGGCCUACGACAUCAGUACUCGAACUUACGAAGUUCUUCGUGCUUCACCUAUUCCAUCUUCUCUGGUACAUACUUAUCCUAGCUUUCUUCCACCGCUUUUGAUUACACCAAAGCCAACAAGAAUUCCUUUAUUGUUACCCUCUCUGGAAGAAUAA